CAGAACAAAAAGUCAAACCGAACUCCCUUUGCCUUUGUCAUCACGCAUAAUCCAGCUCUUCCUAAUGUUUCCACCACCGUCCGAAAAAAUAUAAACAUUCUUCAAUCAUCCAAUCGCUGCAAACAAACAUGUCCGUCUCCACCCAUCGUUGCCUAUAAAAGGAGCCCCAUCCUUUUUGAAGUACUAGUUAGAAGCACGUUACGUGAUUUUAGCAUACAAGAAAAACCAUCUCUUGACGUUUUAAAAUGCAAUCAUCCGCGCUGCCUUACCUGUUCGUUUUUAAAGCAAGGCCAUCCCAUCCAACUAAAGGUUAACCUCCACCAGAGAAACGAGGCACAUCACCCGCUAAACAUACAUAGAACAAAGUGAAUCUAUCUAACCGUAGGGUUCCAGUAAUUGCGACAAUAUUCUGCUCAAUACACCACAAAACAGGAUUUCCCCGCUAUAAUAUUUUCUCAUCCUACAUUAACGACGGGCCAGUAUUCUUCAGGUUAUGUACUUUUUAAUACGAGUGCAUAAUUACACGAAAAUCAAGGGACUCGAUUCGGGCGAAAUUACAUCAUUGCCAAACAUCCAAAACGUGAUCAACUUAAUCGUCAUUUCAGUCAUCGCCCAAAAUAAAUCGCAUGCUCAUCACGAGACUCAUUUGCAUACAAUGAAAGUCGUCACAAUUCUUAUCCCCAGUUUCCACGGUCUCCGCUAGGAACGCCUGGGAGCAUGGCCCACACACACACACACACACACACAAAGGAAAGAAACGCCUGCAUUUUUCGAGUCUCGCUCUGCUAAAGCAAGCUCGACGAAAAAUGCUGCAGACAAUACAUUGGGGAGACCAUCUCCACGAACGUUUUGGAGAGCAUCGCCGCUCCAUUCUCAACUAUGACUGGUUUGCACGUGACGUCACGGCGGUCAUAUGUUGGUUGCCUGUUAGGGUUAAGAACAAAAGCGUUUAUCUCCUCCGGUAGCUAAACUCUAUUUUCAUGCAAAUUCUUCGAGAAAAAAAUUCUAUUGUAUUGACCACCAACGCACCACCAGUAUGGCCGCCUUGUCACGUGGUUGCAAGCCAAGAAUGGCCACUUUCCUUAUUCUACUCGUCUCCGAGCAUUUUAAUCAAGCCGAUCACUCUAUCAACGUCGUCCUUCUUAUUCCCCCAGAAUUAAUCCAUAGCAACCGUGACUCUGUUAGAAAGGCGCGCGAAGCUCACCUCAUU